AACGACCUCCGCCCGGAAGGGUCGCAGCGGGCCGUCGCAGAGGUCGUUCAAGGCCCCCAUAGAGAAGGGCCGGUGGGCAGCCAAGGGCACCAAGCCCCUGCCCGAGCAGGCGUCUGUCCAGCACGUCCUGAGCCUCAUCGUGGUGCAAGGGUGCCGCAAGGUCCUCUUCAUCGAGACGGAGGUCAAGAUCGCGCUCUACUCCCUCUCCCUCUUCGUGGGCUCGCUUCUCUGCGACUUCCUGCCCUUGCCCAGGAUCUACAUGGGCCAGAAGGACAAUGUCUUCAAUGUGUACUUUGUCAAGUUCCUGUGGGUGUGGCUGAUCCUGGUCGUGGGCGCAUUCGUCCUCCUGACCAGCGCGACCGUAGGCUGUGGGCACAGGGAGGUCAUCAGGAGGCACAUGUCGCGCCUCCUGGUUGGUACGUGCCUCUGGUAUUUCUGGAGUCAAGUCUUCUUCGGAUACGUGGAGAGCCGCACGGGAACCUGCCUUGGACGCGCCAUCAUCAAGGAUAAGUACGAGUGUAAUGGCGGAGGAUUCCACUGGCAUUCGUUUGAUAUCUCAGGACAUGCAUUCAUCCUCGUCUAUGUUAACUUGCUAAUUGUGGAGGAAGCAAAGGCUAUUGUAGGCUGGGAAGGCAUCCGAGACCAAAUUCGCAUGGAAGACCACAGAAGAGGAGAAACCACGAAUGAUCCUCAAGAAACCAAAACUCCAUUAGAAAAUUUAACUGAGGAAGAUCUUGUCAUCUUAAAGUUAAACUACGAGCAGUUCACACCAAUUAUCAGAAGCAUUUUCUUUAUCAUGACCAUGAUGAGUGUCCUAAGUGAUGUGAUGUUGGCGUGUACUGUCAUGUUCUUCCACACAAUGCCACAGAAAGUAGCUGGAGGUGCCAUUGCUAUGGCUACAUGGUUCUGUACAUACAGAUUAUGGUAUAAAUAUGAUGCUUCUCCAGGACUGCCUGGUUCUGGUAUCUUUCAGUACCAGAUUGUAAAAGAAAAGCCAAAAGAUAGUUCAAGCAGAUUGAGAAGACGUUCCUCUAUCUGCAAGGAACACAAGGAUAGUUUACCAACAUUUAUGGGAAUGCCAUUAUAUGGCCUACAGGUCUGGCUUGGAAGACUUUGGGGAAAUGCCGGAACGUAGUUCAAGAAAUGGAGUAUAUGGAGACUUUGGUUCCUCAAGAAGUAGAACAUGGAGGAGGUAGAGGGCAGUUGAAUGAUUUUCAAAGCAAGUAAUUUUUCUGACACUAGCAAUAUGCUUCAGAAAUGUUCUGUCGUAAAAAAUAAUUACACAACUAUUGAAACUCACAUAGGCUUAUCAGCCACUAGUCUUUUUAUCAGCGAAACUGCUUUUCUUAGCCAUUUUAUACCUAAUUUAGAUAUUUUAACAUGACAAUGUGUGAAAGAAUUUGCCUAAUAAUUAUCUAGUCACAGUCAAUCUCUAGAUUGCACAAAUCCUCUGAACUCUCAAUUGCGCUAGUAUUAAUAUUACUCUUACAAUGCAGAUAUUAAGAUUAGGAUCAUUUUUAUAUACAAACAUAUGCUCAGUCAGGCAUACAAGGUAUUUGUUUUUGUUUGUAUAUUCUAAUACAUCAGCAGAAUUUCAAUUAGCUUUAUUUGGUGCAGUUAACUUCAUAUAUCUUCAUUAAAUUUUUGAAGUAUACCAUGUUUGACAGCAUAUUGGACCCCCCUCUUCAUUGAGCACAAUAUGCUGUUAAAUACAGUAUAUUAUAUUUGAUCUUGGCAACUAUUCAGACAACACAGUUAUUAGGAUACAAACCAAAGAUCACUUUCACCCUCUCAUUUCAUUACCAAAACCUUUCCCAUCUCCAUUUAGAUAUUUUUUAGGAGUGAGUGAAAUAUUUACAAUAUACCCAAUAUUGUAGACCUUAGUUUUAUGAAGAAGAUUGUUUUGACUCGCACUGCUCCUAGUACAGGACUGUGGGAAUUCCAUCCACACACAUUUGCUUUUGGCAGCUUGUUGCAGAAGACUUUCUUCCUCUUUUGAUCCUUCUGGAGUCUCAGAUUCAGUCACCUUUUGUUUUUGUAUUUUUUUGAGCUGUAAAAUUUUGAAUGGCUGGCAGUUGCAAUUUCCAAGUAAUUUGCUCUAGAUAGAGAGAGAAAAUUAAUUGCAAAGCAGGGUAGGACUCCCAUAUCUUCAUUACAUGCUGAAGAACGAAAAACUAGUUUUUAAAUUUUUCUUCUUGAAUGUAUUCACAAAUUUAGAAACCAUCACUAAUUUGCUUGUAUUGAUGAAGAAUGCGACUGCAUCCUUUCAUGGAUGUAAGUGAUAAUUGAUUAAUUAUUCCAAUAACGCAAAGUACUUAUGGUUGUGGUUAUAUGGAAGUCAGGUACUAGUGUUACUUCCCUUCUGUGUUUGAGUGCUGCAUUCAUUGUGAUCCUGAAAUUUACUGUUUAUAUAGUAUGUGAAUUUCUUAAUACUAUAAAAGGUUAAUCCAGUUUGUCACAAACAUGUUGAAUUUAUAAUCUGUGUUUAUUAUAUUAUUUCACUUGUCUUUCAUAGUUUCUUUAAUAUUCUGCCAGUGCUUGUUGACAAGAAAAUCUGGAAGUGUAUUCUUCAUCCCAUUUUCUUCAUAUAUAUAAUGUUGUGUAUUUACUUACAUGUUUAUCUUUGUACACUAUGCUACUUAAGUCCAUACUCUUGUGAAAAUAUUUCUUUGGGAAUUAGUAUAUUUGUAAACAGGAGCCAUUUAUUCAUAAAUCCCAUUGACAAAUUCUAGGGUUUUCAAACAUGAAUGCAUAGAGAUGGUGUGCAAGAAGUAAAAAAAAAAGUACAAAAUUGCAUAGAUACUUUGCAGUUCUAAGAUACCACCUCUGGCAUUUUUCAUUCAGAGUAGUACCUUGAAUUAUUCUUAGUUGAUAAUAUAAAGUGUAUCACUAUUACAUAAUGGCAGACAGGUAUUUAGUUUGUGGACUCAACAACAUUUAAAGAACAUAAGGGUUUUUUCAGUGUAACCUGUCUUGUCUCUCCUGUUAAUGAGUUCAAGUGUUUGUUUAAAUUUGGCAAGUUUUAACCAUUGCUCAAUCCUGCCUAGUCAGUGUCUUGUAUUGUUUACAUCAGUGGUUUUUAGGACAUUUGUGUUUUUAUAUAUGUGUGCUAAACAUUUUUAGCCUUAGAAAUCCAUGUUUGUUCCAUCUUUGUGUUCUACAUCUGGUCCUCUACAGUAAUAGGAUAUUUACCAGAGUA